AUGCUUCACAAGUGCAGCACUGGAUCAUUUGUUCUUGAGGACAUUGCAGAUAGCCUGGGUAUAAAGGGAGCUCAUAAACGAUUAACGGAGAAGACCAUGAAUGGAAGGCAAUUCCAAGACACAAAGAUCCAAAAUGGCUUAGUUUUCUCAGAUUUGAGAGGCAAAAAUCGCGUUCAACUGCGAAAGGUAUUUACAAGUGAAGACCUAUCCCAGCGAGAAGAUCUGUUUUCCCACAAAGUCGUCCACAAAUGGAAACAUCUCAAGAGCACUACUGACGAUUUACCACCACAGAUACCUGGCGCCAAGAUUGGCCUUUUCAUCACACAAACGCACUCUCAAAAAGAUAAGAAGUUCCUAAAUAUAGUUAGUGUAGGUACUCGCCAUACGAAUGAUAAUCAUUACGAAACUCCCCUUCCAUUCCGUAGCGAGGCCCCUUGA